CAUUUACUUGACUUUUAAACCUCAAAAGUCAAACACAACCGAUCUUUAAUAAAUAAAAACAAAAGCAAAACAAACAUUAACAACAACGUUUCUCAGAAGCCCCAAAACAGAGGAUCCAAAACUCCCCCUCUCUGUUUGGUCUCCACUGAAGACCCAGAAACAGCAUAUCAAAAGUAAAAAAACAAAACUUUUCUCUUUAAAAAUCAAAACCCACCAGCAAUUCGUUUCUUUUUUUCGAAAAAAAGAAAAGAGAGAUCAAACCCUAGUGUCAUGAUCAGAUGCUUUAAGGUCUACAACAAUAAAAGGCAAGGACACCAUGAUCAACACAAGCAACGGCAUGAUCUCAACGUCAUCUACAUCGGCGAACCCGCAAUCACCGGGAUUAAAGACUUAUUUUAAAACCCCAGAAGGACGUUAUAAGCUUCACUAUGAAAAGACACAUCCUUCUGGUCUACUUCACUAUGCCCAUGGCAAAACUGCUACCCAGGUAACCCUAGCUAAUCUCAAGGACAAGCCUGCCCCAUCAACCCCGACAGCCCCACCUUCAAGUUUCAGUGCGAGCAGUGGUGUACGAUCAGCUGCUGCUAGGUUGUUGGGUGGUAGCAAUGGAAGCCGUGCACUUAGCUUUGUUGGAGGGAAUGGUGGGAGUAAAAGUAUUAGUAGUAGUAGUAGUAGGAUUGGAUCAUUGGGGGCUUCGAGCUCAAGUAAUUCAAUGAUUAAUACAAAUUUUGAUGGAAAAGGGACUUACUUGAUCUUCAAUGUAGGGGAUGCCAUCUUCAUAAGUGAUUUAAAUUCUCCAGAUAAGGACCCAAUAAAAUCCAUCCAUUUUAGUAAUUCAAACCCUGUGUGCCAUGCCUUUGACCAAGAUGCUAAGGAUGGACAUGAUUUUCUUGUUGGCUUAAGUUCUGGUGAUGUCUACUCUGUGUCACUGAGACAGCAAUUACAGGAUGUUGGAAAGAAGCUAGUUGGGGCCCAGCAUUAUAACAAAGAUGGUUCAGUUAAUAACAGCCGUUGUAUGAGUAUUGCAUGGGUGCCUGGAGGAGAUGGUGCUUUUGUUGUUGCUCAUGCUGAUGGUAAUUUGUAUGUCUAUGAAAAGAGCAAGGAUGGUGCUGGUGAUUCUUCAUUCCCUGUUAUCAAAGAUCAAACUCAAUUCUCUGUUUCGCAUGCCCGGUACAGUAAGAGUAACCCAAUUGCCAGAUGGCAUAUUAGCCAAGGUUCAAUCAAUGGCAUUGCUUUCUCAACCGACGGGACCUAUUUAGCAACUGUUGGAAGAGAUGGUUACUUGCGAGUUUUUGACUAUUUAAAAGAACAACUUAUAUGUGGUGGGAAAAGUUAUUAUGGCGCUCUUCUUUGUUGUGCAUGGAGCAUGGAUGUGAAAUAUAUUUUGACUGGAGGAGAAGAUGAUUUAGUUCAAGUCUGGAGCAUGGAAGAUCGGAAAGUUGUUGCUUGGGGUGAAGGACACAGUUCAUGGGUGAGUGGAGUGGCUUUUGAUUCAUAUUGGUCAUCACCAAAUUCAGAUGGCACAGGGGAGAAUGUUGUGUACCGGUUUGGUUCUGUUGGUCAGGACACACAGUUGCUUCUAUGGGACCUGGAAAUGGAUGAGAUUGUAGUGCCAUUACGCAGGUGCCCUCCUGGUGGAUCUCCUACUUUCAGUACUGGAAGUCAAUCUUCACACUGGGACAGUGCUAUCCCAGUCGGUACUCUGCAACCUGCUCCAAGCAUGCGUGAUGUUCCAAAGCUUUCUCCUGUAUUAGCUCACCGUGUCCACACAGAACCUCUUUCUGGUUUAGUAUUUAGACAGGAAUCUGUUCUUACUGUAUGUAGAGAGGGCCAUAUAAAAAUCUGGAUGAGACCUGGAACCUCAGAAAGCCAGUCAGGCAACUCUGAAACCAUCUUAAGUACCAGUUUGAAGGAGAAGCCAUUAUUGUCAAGCAAGACUGGCAGUUCUGCAUAUAAGCAAUGACCAAAUUGUCAUCAGUUUCCUAGGCAAAAUGGAUCUCAUUUUCGUGAAUUUGAUUUGAAUUUGCUGGUGUGGCUGUUGAUCCCUAUUCUACGGUUGAUUUUCUCAGAGAUAGAGCUGGAUGAAUGUGAUCUGAUUGCAGGGGAAUCCGUCAACUGGGUCCUUUUGUAUAUGGAGAGAUAAAAUGCCAUUUAUGGCUCUAAGAGCUCGGGAGGGAGAAAACCCCCUAUGUAAGUACAAAACGGCUGUUGCUAGGAUAUAACUUAUAUAAUUUUAAUUGCUGACAGAAUAAUUGGAAGUUACUCCUUCGAGAUUUGCAUUUCUGAGGUGAUAGAAGUUCAUUUGAUUCUGCUGGUAAUGAAAUUUCACAAUUGCCUUAAAAA